AUGCGCAGCCUUCACUGCCUGUUUCUGGCGUUGGCCGGCUUGUCAAGCCUCGCCAUCGGCGAGAAGGUGUCCUUGAGCAAUGGCCAUGUUUCAGAUGUCGCAGACAACGAACAUACGGCAAGGCUGGGCAUGGCUGCAUACUAUCCACUACCCGAGACGCAGUGCGCUAAAUGGGUGGGUAUCGAGGUGAUCUUCAUAGUUGAUAUUGUCGAAGUCUGCCCUAAGGGCUCGGCGGUAACCGAGACGCUUACCGAGUGCGUGGCGACGCUCACACGCUCCAUCUGCGCGACGCCGACGACAAACCGCCCCUGCUAUCCCUGCAUCAUGGGCACGCCACCGUCGACGGGCGACACGGUCACAGUCACAGUGACAUCCUGCUCAACCGCCACCGACCACACCAUCACCGUCACGGCCCAGCUCUGCAGCACCUGCUCCACCACGAUCUACGUCGGCACCGUGCCGGGCUACACGCCCGGCGGGCCCUGCAACGGCUGCAGCCCGUACAGCUCCGGCACGGCGGCGGCGGCGUCGUCUAGCACCACGGCGCCCUGCUCCGAGUCGGGCUCGGGCGGUGUGAGGACUGGCACCCUGACGACGCCGACGGCGGUCCCCACGUCGGAAUGUACCGAAUCGGGCGCAGGCAGCGGUGCUGGGACGAGCACCGCGUCGCCGCCGGGGAGCCCGGACCAGCCGCUGAGUUUGACGAGCGUGGUCUCGCCGGGAUCGACGGUGGGCACGAAUACGCCUUUUAAGUCGACUACGGUGCCGACUGUUACUGCGGGCGGAGUGAGAGGUGUCAUGGUGAGCUGGUGGAGUUGGGUGAUUGCAUCAGGGGUCGCGUGCGUGGUGCUGGGGAGGUAA